UUUUUUUUUUGCAUCAUGUCGAUGGGGGUAGUACCUCGAUUUGUGUUCACAAAAAUUCCGAUCCAUAACGUGUUUGGCAGAAACUUGUUUUCGUCAUCGUCAGCAAAAGAAACUCGACGUUUCCACGCUAUCACGGCACAACAUUUGCAAACGUUAACUAAAGACAAUCUCAAGAAAAUGUCCAACUAUCAAAUUGUGGAAAAGGGUGCUCCCAACUCAACAAAUUAUAGCAUUUAUUUCAAAACUGCUUGUGGCAAAGGAGUAUCUCCAUUGCACGACAUCCCCCUCUAUGCCAAUGAAGAGAAGACCGUAUACAAUAUGGUGGUGGAAGUACCACGCUGGACAAAUGCUAAAAUGGAGAUUAGUCUCAAGAAUCCCUUGAAUCCCAUUAAACAGGACGUCAAGAAGGGUAAAUUGCGUUUUGUUGCCAACUGCUUCCCCCACAAGGGUUACAUUUGGAAUUACGGUGCCUUCCCCCAAACCUGGGAAAAUCCCGAUCACAUUGAACCCAGCACUGGUUGCAAGGGUGACAAUGAUCCCAUUGAUGUUUUGGAAAUUGGUUAUCGUGUUGCCAAACGUGGCGAAGUUGUUCAGGUGAAAAUUUUGGGUACCAUUGCUCUGAUCGAUGAGGGUGAGACAGAUUGGAAAAUCAUUGCCAUCGAUGUUAAGGAUCCAUUGGCGGAAAAAAUGAACGAUAUUGGUGAUGUUGAUAAGUACUUCCCGGGUUUGUUGCGCGCCACCGUUGAAUGGUUCAAAAUCUACAAGAUUCCCGAUGGUAAGCCUGAGAAUCAAUUUGCCUUCAAUGGUGAUGCCAAAAAUGCUGCAUUUGCCACAAAUGUUGUUUCGGAAACCCACAAAUUCUGGCAGGGUUUGAUUAGUCAACAAUUGGAAGGAGGCUCCAUUUCAAGAUUGAAUACAACCGUUACUGAUUCACCAUUCCUUACAAAUACCGAAGAGGCUGAAAAAAUCAUCUCUGAAGCUCCCGAGGGUGGAGAUGUUGAAGAGGUCACCGACAUAGUCGAUAAAUGGCAUUUUAUUCAUCUUAAGUGAAACAAGCAAGGCUAUACACUGAUAUUUAUGAAAAAUGUUUGUAUUAAAUGGUAUAAGAUGCCCUGAAUUUACUUGCUGCAUAUUGUAAUGUAUUACGUUUUCGCUCCCCAUAAAAGCAACCAUAUAUAAGUUUAUUGAAAAAAAGAUGAGUAACAACAAAAUAGAAAAUACACAAUUAAAAAAACUUUGCACUCGAACAUAA